AAGACAAAAGUAUUUGUUUAAUUACUAAGCCAAGCUGACUGACGGAGAAGAAUCGCGAAUAAACCACAUCGCUUUUGUUUCAAAACUUUAAUGUAAACACUAAACAUUGUUUAUAUUGGUUUUCUACGCGUUUGAUGUGACACACUCGUUUUAGUUUAUUGAAGGAUGGAUCUCCUGGGUCUACCAGUUGUCGUGGUAGAGAAAAUAUUUUCGUAUCUCACUUACGAUGAAAUUGCAAAGAAUAGAAUGGUAUCGAAGUCAUUUAACGAUAUAUGUGUGCGGCUACUCAACCGCGGUUUCCUGAUGAUUGAGAGAAGGCACGCGCUGGCGUUGAAGAGUGUGAAGGCGCAGCUACCACGAAGAGAAUCUGAACGCAGGUACCACCCGUUGUCUCGUCACUGCGACAUCUUGACGUCCAUAGAGACGAGGAUAUCGAUGCUCAACAUGACCUACUCCAAGUUCAUAGACAGCGGCAUGUGCUGCUUCAUACCGGGCAGGGUGAUAGAUGAGAUGCGGCGCGUGCUGUACAUAGUGGAGACGAUGAAGACACCGCCGCGGGCGCACGAGGUGCUGCAGGAACUGCGCGACAUCUCCAGCAUGGCCAUCGAACACUUCGACGACAAGGUCUCGCCGGCCUUCCGCAAGCGACUGCAGGAACGGGCGGCGCAGCCCCCGGCCCGCGCCCCACCAGGUGUCCUAGCUCCGUUAGCGAUUAGACAAGAGAUGCUGCAGCUCCGGAGACAGUCCGUACUGAACGCGAAACUGUCACUAUACCUCGCCGGGCAGUACAGCAAGUUUUACAAACGGACAAUGGAUUAUAAGAAACUUGCGUGGAGGCAAAGCAAGACUAUCAGAACUCUAUUGAACAAGCAGAGAGAACAGGACGCGGCUAUAGCCGAUUUAAAGCGACGCAUCGAGGAGUGCGAUAUAAAGUACAGCGAGCUGACGCAUACCAAUCAGGCCGUUGGCGGGAAAGCUAUUCCGGGUGGAGGGAGCGAGGCGGUGUCCCCGCCGGGGGGCGCGGGGGUGGGAGGUGGUCUGCGACACUUCGGCAGUCAGAUCAAGCUGGACCUCUCCGUGCUGCCCAUCGGCACGGGGAAGAGAACCCGUGGACCCAUGUUACCAAACAUCAAGCCACGCAAGGCCCUAAUCAAACUGCCAAGUCUCUCCGACGAGCCCCCCGCCAAGCAGAUGAAGAUGGACGACAGCCCAUCAACCUCGCAGAGUCCCAGAAGCAAGUCACUGUCCACCAUCGCCAAGAUACGAGGCAUCACCAACGAGAUACGACACCUCACCAACCUAACCAACUUCGAGGGGAAACUAAAACGCACUUUAAGUUUAACGUCAUUAGAUCUAAUUGAGCUUGAAUGCAAGAAGCAGAAGUUAGAUUAGGUUAGUAAGUUUGGAUGCGGCAUCGACCAACUUCGAAGCGAAACUAAAAGGCACUUUAAGUUUAACGUCGUUAGAUCUAAUUGAGUUUGACUCCAAGAAACAGAAGUUAGACUAAGAUUGUAAGUUUUAUGGAUGCGGCAUUGUGUGCCAUCAACCUCGCAGAGUCCCAGAAGCAAGUCACUGUCCACCAUCGCCAAGAUACGAGGCAUCACCAACCUGACCAACUUCGUGGGGAAACUAAAAUGCACUUUAAGUUUAACGUCGUUAGAUCUAUUUGAGCUUGAAUGAAAGAAACAGAAAUU